UGGAGAUGCUGUUGUAUGACGUCACGCAAACAUGGCGGCGCUCUGAGAGAUUUGCAGAGUUCUGAUAAACAUUCACUUUUAAACAGAUUAUUGCACAAAUGAGUAAAAUAAAUGAACCAAAGUUUCCAUAUUAGUUGAUGUUUAACACACGUUUGCAGAGACUCAAAAAACGGAAUAACUCCAGGUGUUUCAACUGAGAUCUGCGGGAUAAAACAUUGUAAAAUGAUGUUUAUUAAAGAAGAGAGUGAGGACAUGAGUUAUCCAGAAUCAUGCAGUUCAAAUGUCAUGAAAAAUGAAGAUACUGAGGAACAAAGAGCUGAUGGACGUGAAAGUGGAAAGUCAAGAACUGAAUGAAGUGGAGGAGAAACGCCAUCCAUAUUGGGCACCUCAUACUUUCAGAACUGAACAAAACUCUUUUAGUGGCUCACAAACUGAUAAGAAUUUCUCACAAAAGAGAACCAAAAAAUAUUUCCCCUGCCAUCAGUGUGAGAAAACAUUCACACAGGAAAGUCACCUUCAGAGUCACAUAAGAAGUCACACUGGAGAGAAGCCUUUCACCUGCCAUCAGUGUGAGAAAACUUUCUCACAGAAAAGUCACCUUCAGAGCCACGUAAGAAGUCACACUGGAGAGAAGCCUUUCUCUUGCCAUCAGUGUGGUAAUACUUUUACACGUAAAGAAAGUGUUACUAAGCACAUGAGAAUUCACACUGGAGAGAAGCCUUUCAAAUGUCAUCAGUGUGGGAAGAGUUUCAGACAGGCAUGCAUUCUCAAAAAUCAUCUGUCCUUGCACUCUGAAAAAAAGUCAUAUAGCUGUGAUCAGUGUGGGAAAACAUUUUAUUCAGCAUCAGUUUUAAGAACACAUCGGAAAAGUCAUCGAAAAGAGAAGCCUUACAUGUGUUCUCUUUGUGGAAAGAGUUUUUCACAUCUGCAAAGUUUAAAAGACCACCAGAGAAAACAUACCGGUGUGAAACCUCAUGUGUGUUCUGAGUGUGGUAUGGCCUUUCAUAGAGCUUACAACUUGGAACAGCACCAAAGAAUCCACACUGGAGAAAAACCUUACAAGUGUCCACAUUGUGAAAAAAGUUUCAUUAGUUCAGGAAACCUGAAAAAACAUGAGCGAGUGCAUACUGGAGAGAAGCCGUACCAUUGCAAUUCAUGUGGAAAGACUUUCACUAUUUCAGGAAAUCUGAAAAAACAUGAGCGAGUACAUACUGGAGAUAAACCGUACCACUGCACUUCAUGUGGGAAGAGUUUCACUGGGUCAGGAAACCUAAAAAAACAUGAGAGAGUGCAUACUGGAGAGAAACCAUGCCACUGCACUUCAUGUGGGAAGAGGUUCAGUCACAUAAGUAAUCUACUGACCCACAAAAAAAAUAAUUGUCCAGAGUUGUCACAGUGAGCGAAGUUAAUCUUUAUUUGAUUGGAAUUCCUCUCAAAAAAACGAAUACAAUUGAAAAUAAGUUGUAGCUGGUUAAAAUCAUCUUUUUGAGAGAAAAAAAACUCUUAAGUCGCACUGAUGCGGUUGUAUGCGGCAGGCAUUAGGACCCAACAGCAUCCACCCGACUUCCCUUCAGCCGCUCAACAUUUCAGACUCACUCUGUGAAGAUAACCUCAGGAUCUACACAUCGUAUCACGCAGUGUAUCGGGAGAAUUUGCUUAAUAAUCAUCAGUACCAAUUUUUCAUAUUAUGCUUGUUUCAUGCAAAAAUGUGCCACAUCUCUUUAUAACAUGUAAUUCUAUGCUGUAAACAAAUAAACAGCUCUUAG